AUGGCCAUCUUUUCAGAAGACGAGUUGGCAAUGAACUUUGAAGCGGAUUUUAGUAGUAGCGGCAGUGAAUCCUCUUCUUUGUAUAACUCUGAUUCCGGUGUCAGUGUGACAACACCAGCUUCGUGUAGCACAUGGUCGACUUUAGAUUUUGAACGUCAAGAUGAUUCCGAAUACAUUUACUGUGAUCUAAAUCGUUUCUAUCAAACAUAUUCCGCUGCAGUUAUCCAAGCUAUCCAGUGUCUUUCUGAUGUGGAUAUUGAUGUUGUCCUUAAUGCGUCAACUUAUUUAUUCCAUUUAUGCAAAGGUGGAUAUGCAUCGUUUAUCACACACAUAUGUCCAGAUAUUUUCCUGAAUAUGAAAGUCCCAGUCUUUUGUCCCUCUUCUAGCAAGUAUGUCGAUGUAUUACACUGCUUGAGUGGUAUAAUAAAUUACCUUUCCCAGUGUCAAGAGGGAUUAGAUGUCAUAGUGAACAGAGGAGGACUUGAUAUCAUAAAUGGUUUACUUCUUUUCCCAUUUGAAUCUGUUUUGUAUUUUUGUGUUACUGCUUUACAUAACAUAUUACUAAGUCACAAGUCAGCAAAAAGUUUUAUCCAUCGAACAUGCAUUUCAAAUCGCUUAAUCAAUCUUCUUAAUUAUUCCGUGGAGCAUGCUGAAUCAGGAGCAUCACGUUCGCAGAAGUCGUCAGUUUUGUGGACGGCUACUAGACUUCUUCGAGUUUUGUCUGCUUGGAUUCCUGUCAAAUGUGAAAUAAUUUCUCAAGACCCUCUUCUAAGCUUUUUUUCUCAUUGCUUAGAAUGUCAAUCAUCACGUGUAGCUGCGAAUGCCCUAUGGACAUUGAGGAACCUUUCAGAUAUAGCCGUGGAUAAAAUCUCUUCAAAUGUUUCCGUUAACUUAGUAAAGCAGCUUCUUUCCCACUUGAAGUCCAAUACUUAUCCUGAUAGUUGCGUAAACUAUUCCUCCAAUAAUCUAGAUGAUUCUUCUGUAUUCCGGUGUAUUCUUGGGGCUUUGGCUAACUUAACAUGUAGAAACAAUGCUGCUAAGUGUUAUAUAGUUCGGCACAAUGGAAUUGAUCUUAUCCUUCAAAUCUUGUAUGCUGAAAUACGUGAGCAAAAGAAUUAUUAUCAUACUUUUUGUGACAAUCUAAGUGAUUCAAUAUUAAAUUUAUCUAUUCAGUGUACUGAUGAACAUGACUGUUCAACUGUUCAACAAAAUAGUCCAAUUAAAACAAAUCACAAUAAUAAUAACAAUUGUUUAUUGAAUAAUAGAUUUACAAAAAGUUCUGUUAUCAUGAAAUCAUCAUUAUCACCGUCAUCAUUGAUAACACCAUUAAUAAUAGUUAAUAAUGAAAUGAAUUAUAAUUCAUUUGAAAAAUUAUCAAUUUCUUCUUCAAGUUCAAUGUCUUCAAUGAAAUGUUAUUCAGUAAAACAAAAGAAUGAAUUAUAUAACUCACAUCAUUCUAAUUUCAAUUAUUAUUAUUAUCAUAAAAAUAAUUCAAAUAUUUCAUUCAAUACACCAAUAUUAUUAAAUGGAACAUUAGAUUUAAUUGAAGCGGGUAUUCGUUGUUUAUCACAUUUAACUGUUGGACACAUUGAAUUGUUGAAUGUGUUCAAGUAUUUUAUACAUCAACGUUUUGCAUCAAAGUUAAUUAUCUCAUUAGGUACUAUUUAUCUACCGUCAUUAUUAUCAUUUCCAUUUGAUCAACAUAUAAAUUUGUGUAGAAAUAAAGAUACUACUACCAAUAAUAAUAACGAUAGUAGUAAUACCAGUACAAGUAACAAUUGGGAAUUCGAUUGUUUAACACAAGUCCUUCAAUUAACAAAAUCUUGGAGUAUUUUAGUUCGAAAUCUAUGUGUAACUUGUUCGAGUACCAUAGUGACUUCAAAUAUGAAAACAAAUCAAAGUGAAAUACUUACUAACCCUAGUAACUCUAGUAAUAAUAUAACAGUGAAUGAAAUUAAUUAUGGUUUAUGGCCUAAGCAUUUACGUUCACAACUUCGACAUGCAGCACACAAAUUAGUACAAAGUUUAAGGCAUAUAAUGAAUUCACUCCCUGGUGAUUUUCAACCGAAAGAGCUUAAAACUACUAUGGAAUUUGUUCACAGUUUAUCGGUCCUAUUGAGUAAUUCCACUCCGAAUAGUCAGAAUAGUAGCAACAAAUAG